UCCAGAGAUGAAAGGGUUAAGAACUAGAGUCUGGACUCAUGGACAUCUGAGAAGGGAUGGAAAACCUAUAAAUGAAUUUGUUGCUGACACUUUGAAAAAGAUAGAAGCUUGCGCUCAAUCUAUUUUCGAUACACCAGCAGAAGAUUCAAUUCAUGAUGAUGUUGUUGCUCGAGUUCUAAGUCCUGAAUGUCAUGGAAGAGUAAGGGGACUUGGAUUUGGAGUUACACUAUCAAAGGUCGAUGAGCAAAUUCAAAGUAAUUCUCAAGUGAGAGAACUUGAAAGCCAACUACAAACGCAGUCAGAAAGGGUUGGAGCACUAGAAGAAAAAGUUGAAGCACUUCUGAUGUUAUCUCAGGUUACAUACUUUAUCAUUAUAUAUAAUAUGAUAAGAUAGCUUUACAUAACUACAUAGAAUAACUUUUUAAUUAUGUUAUUAUUUUACAAAGUCAAAAUAAGAAUGUAAAUGACAUGAGUUCACGUGCUUUUACUCCUCAGGUUAUGUAUCUUUAUUCUGAAUAUGAUGGACACAUAGUUAAUGUUGUGUGUAUUUGAGUUUCCUAAAUUAUUAAUUAAUGUAUCUAACCUCCUUAUCAAAAAAAUUAAUGUACCUAACAUCUAUAUUCUUUUCUUAUUGUAGUUAAAUAGAGUCAAGCUGAGUUAAGAGAAGAAUUUGAAAUUGAGUUCUCUUGUGCAUGUGCCUUCUUGGACCUCAUUUAUGUAAGCAGCUUGUUUCCGGAUGUUUUGUGACCGUUUUUGGUUAAAUGGGUGGAGCCGAUUGUGAGAGUAAUCUUUGCCUUCCAGUGUUUGGCAUUAGCUUUUCUAAUGUAAAUCUUCUAGUUGACUCAUUGUGUAUAUUCUUGACAUAUUUGCUAGUUUUUUGGCUCUCGUUUUAUUGUGUUUUGAAGAAGUAAUUGUACGUGUUUUAUGUUUAUUGUGUACGGAUUAAAUGUUUUAUAAUGAAGUUAUAAUUUUAA